AUGAAAAUUAAAGCCCUUUCGCGCUCCGCUGCCUCGCAGCAAGCGCCAGGUUCGAGCGUUGCAAGAUUGCAAAGGAACCUCGACCCAGCACAGCAUCCAUUUGAGCGAGCACGAGAAUAUACCAGAGCAUUGACUGCCACCAAGAUGGACCGCAUGUUUGCUGCGCCUUUUAUCGGCCAGCUCGGCAGGGGACAUGUCGAUGGCGUGUAUACCAUGGCCAAAGACCCAGGUUCUUUGGAGCGUUUCGCAAGUGGUUCGGGCGAUGGCGUUGUCAAAGUUUGGGACAUGGAGACAAAAGAUGAAGUAUGGAACACACAGGCGCAUGAAAAUAUCGUCAAAGGUCUUUGCUGGACUCCGGGCCGCAAACUUCUGUCUUGCGCUAGCGAUAAAACCGUCAAGCUUUUCGAUCCUUAUAACUCCCCGCCGGAGGCACCACCACUAGCGACUUUCCUUGGCCAAACGCCAUUCACCAGUGUUUCACAUCAUCGUGAUGAAAAUGCAUUUGCUGCGGCGUCGUCUGUCAUCUCCAUAUACGACCUGUCUCGCCCUUCUGCAAAUGCGUCUCAAACCUUGCAUUGGCCAACAAGUACUGACACCAUCACAUCCGUCGCUUUCAACCAAACUGAAACUUCCAUUCUUGGAUCGACAGCAAACGAUCGCUCUGUCGUUGUUUAUGAUCUACGGACUUCAACGCCUGUAGCCAAGGUCAUCCUUACCCUCGCAUCCAACGCCAUCUCUUGGAACCCUAUGGAAGCAUUCAACUUCGCCGUUGCUAACGAAGAUCACAACGCGUACAUGUUUGACAUGCGAAAGAUGGAUCGUGCAUUGAACAUUUACAAGGAUCACGUUGCCGCCGUUAUGGAUGUCGAGUUCAGUCCAACUGGAGAGGAAUUGGUUACAGCGUCCUACGACCGCACAAUACGACUGUUCAACAGAAACCAGGGUCGCUCCAGAGACGUCUAUCAUACACAGCGAAUGCAGAGAGUUUUCUCGGCCAUGUUCACUCCUGAUAAUAACUAUGUCUUAUCUGGAUCCGAUGAUGGAAAUAUCCGUAUUUGGCGCACCAAUGCAUCAUCUCGAGCCGGCAUUAAAAGCGCCAAACAGCGUCAGAAACUCGAGUACGAUCAGGCGCUUAUCCGCAGGUAUUCACACAUGCCGGAGAUUCGGAGAAUCAAGAACUACCGCCACGUGCCCAAGGCAAUCAAGAAGGCUGGAGAGAUCAAAAAGGAGGAGCUUGCGGCUAUCAGACGGAGAGUGGACAAUGUUCGGAAACACACCAAGAAGGGCAGCAUGCCUCAGCGAGCUGAGCGAGAGAAGGUGGUUUUGGCGACUGAACAAUAG